AUGCGUCCGUUGUGGCUCACGUCGGUGGACGUUGAGAAUGGUGUUAGCCUUAAAUGGGAGGAGGCAUUCACGGACGACUCCAGUCCACACGGAAAAUAUCGCAUGGAAGCGACUCUCGUCACGGACCGCCAGUCGGCCGACUCCGACAGCUGGUGGAAAUCAGUUGGACCUCGUUGCCAACCGAUUCUCGGCAACUCCUACUGCCUCGAUCUCCCCUUACAUGCAACCUCCGAACAGGAGGUCCGUCUUCUUGCAUUGACGAAGCGUGACAACGUUCACGGAUGGCUUAAUUGCUACAAGCGUGUUAGGUUACCGUCGAGGCGUCAGCUACUUCCUGCCCCGGUGGAAGGUCUACGAGCUCACGCGAUCCAAUCAGGGACCGUAACUGGAGAUUUUUCGGUGCGACUCGAUUGGAGCGCUCCUGGCCAAUCAGAAGGCGAGACGAUGCUGGAGAAGCAGCUCGAACCGGGCCACUUCUUCACACCAUGUGAUACAUCCUACCGCAUCGAGGUACACGAGGGUUAUGGGCUGUGGCGAGAAAUAGAAACGCUUGUUGGCUCCAAGAAAAACUCGUUUGUGCACAAAAACCCCACAACCGGUUCCACUCUGUGCUACCGCGUGACCCCAGUCAACAGUUUCGGUGAAGGAGCCAGUGUCGAAGCGCCGGCCAUCCACCUUCCAAAACGUCUGUCUGAACUGCAAGGGUAA